UCUCUGUUCGAUAUUCGAAUACGGAAAGAACACCAUAGACGGAGAGGGAGCAAUGGCGGAAGAGAGUUUUGAAGAAGAUUGGCCCCCAGAUAUAUUAGACCAAAUCAUCGAACUCGAAGAAAAAGCCUUGUCCUCAACAAACCCAACCCAACACUUCCCACCACCGCAUACGGCGGCGUCUUUCGGCGACCUUAGCUAUUCGCCUCCUCGCGAGUUGUCCCAGAGAGUCAAAGACAAUCACAAAAAGAAUUUAGAUCAGGUAACCAAUGGCAUUGGUUUCAGUCAAGGAAAUUUCGCCGCGAUUCCGUAUCUUCGCGGGCCUCAGAAUGAGAAAGAAUCCGAAAUUGACAGAUUAAAGAGGGAGUUGGGUCGUGUUUCAAAGCAGCUUACUCAUCUGGAGCAGGAGUGUUCAGAACUCAGAAAGAAAAGAGACAAGAAAGACUUACAACUUAAAUCUGUAUUUCCUCAGAUUGAAGCAAAAGAUGCUGAAGAGCAGUGCGAAAAGAAUACAAGCUUGGAACAUCCUGGGAUCUCUGCUGGAUGUAAAAAUGAGAACUAUUCAAAUGAUCAGGUUGGCUCCAGGAUUCACAUAGGUAAAUCAGCAUGUAAAGCCGUAGGUGUUCAGACAGAUAAAACUGAUGAAUCGACCCAAUUAACCUUGGAAAGUGAUUUGCCCACGUCUCAUCGUUGUCCAAGCAAGUUGCUAGGUGUUUGGGACUCAACAGUUGGCCAAAAAUAUGGAAGAAGUCUAGUCUCCAAGUUGUUUAUGGCUUGUGAAAAAGAUUUUUGUAUCCUUCUUGGAUGCUUGAACUCGAGUUCGGUGUACAAAACAAAUGAGGGCUCUUCUGACGUGGCUUCCCAGGACCACAUGCCGCCUGCUCAUUCUGCUGAAGCUGCCAAACUAUCUCAUUUCUACUCUAUGUUGACUAAGAUAAAUAAUGAUACGGAAAAGUUGGAGGCUUUGAUUGAAGCUUUGGUUGAUCUUUGUUCUCUUGAAAAUGUUGUUAUUGUCUACAGGUCUCUGCGGGUGUUGCGUAUGGUUUUGAAUUACUUGUUCAGUAUUCCAUGGAAAACUAAUAAAAGGGAAAAUGUCAUGGUUGAGGGACCUUUAUGUAAAAACAAUGCUGCAGAAAUGCAUGGAUCUCAAUGUUCUGAAAUUGGAAGCCUGUUUUAUGAGAGUUGGAAUGGGACAUCAGAUUCAGGCCCUAUUUCAUUUGGAACGAGAUUAUUCAAUUUGAAAUUUCCUUGCAAGAAUGAAGUGAGCAAUCAUGAAUCUACACUGUUGAUAUCUUGUGUGGAUUGGAUUGCUCUCUUUCAACUUAUGUGCCAAAUUGUCACGAGGAAUAAAGAGGAAUAUGUAAGACUGGAAGCAGUUUCUAUUAUGAAUAUGAUUCUUAUGAGAACUAAUGCUUACUUGGACAGAGAGAAAUUUGGGAUGUUGCUAGUGUUUCAAAGUGUGUCGCAGCUGUUGAGGAAGGAAGCUGGUCUGUGCGUGCAAAAGCAAGCUGUGCAUCUUCUGUACCUGCUACUGAAUUGUCCAGAACUAAUGGCGAUAUUCUGUUCCACUUAUAAGGAGGAGGGGGAAAGUGCUGGGGAUGCAAAUAAUGAUGCAGCACAUGCCUCAUCUUUUCAAGGUUUCAGUGUGAUACUUGAUGGUUUGGCUGAUUGUGUAGCUUGCAGUGGAAAUGGUGCACAGGAGUUGAAACUCCGAAGAAAUGCUAUCAUUGUUCUGGCUUUCUUAGCAUCGUCCGGAAAAGCUGGCUUUGAAAUUGUCUUGGGUCAUAGGCUUCCGAAAAGGAGUGACUUUCUUACAUUGAUUUUGCACAUUUUGGCAUCAGAGAUGGACAUUGAAGCAUCAGAAUGUACUCAGCUGCCUGAAAUUUUCAAAGAAAGGACCUUGCUAAUUCGAGAGGCACUUAUCCUUCUGAAUAGACUAGCAUCAAAUCCGCAGUACUCCACUCCUGUUUUCAGAAUACUAACGAACAGCCGAGAUGUGGCCUCUUUGACCUUGGAUGUAGCUAACAGGUUAUCCCGCAAAGGCAAAUGGCUAUGGCAGUCUGACAAGUUGACUCGGCAAAUCAGAGAAUCUGAAAUUGUGGACUUAGCUCGGGUAUUUAAAAAAAGGGUGUUCACCUUUUUAGGAGAAAGCUUGUCCUGAAGAAGUCUCGCCAUGGGACCAACAUCAGCUCCCUUAGAAAGGAAGCUGCAAGGAAUGACUAGUUUGAAGAGUGCAAAGCACCAAUGUUUUUGGAAGAUGUAGCCCCUAAGGGCUUAGUUUUGACAGAGCCUACCAGAGUUUUUCAAGCUGUUAUCAAGACUGCUGAUUGCUCAUAAUGCAGAGUUUCCCAGGUUUUGAACUUCUCUUCUGGGCUCACUUUGGGUUCUUGUGACAUUUGCCUGUGUAGGUUUUUGUGGUCUCCUGUGUGUGUUAGGCUCUACGGAAUGGCUGUGGUAUCGUGUUUGGUACCUAAAGUUACGAGUCAAUAGUGGUUAGGUAAAACUCAAUUAGAGUUGAGUUACAUCUAAAAAAGUCCACUACGACUCAAUCGGGUGAAGUUAUGAUUCAAAAAAAACUUAAGAUCGAUGCUAACAUUUUAGGUUUGAUCCCAAGGGACUCUAUUGAGUCGUAAUCUCAUCUAGUUAAGUCAUAAUUUUUGGUACGGUGUUGAAAAAUCAGCCUUUGGUGCCUUUUUUGCCGUCUUUGGGUUCUACAUAUGAAUAUUCCUUGGAGUUUCUCAGGCAAGAGAAUUGUUGUUGGCUGGUAUUUACUAUGUUUGUUAUUGUU